ACAUGUAAUAUGAAUAUUUAUUCUUUGAUUAUAUUUCUGUUGUUUGGUGAGUUUACGUCGUCGCGUGCGGCAUUCCGACCGCCGGUGCCGGGGGAAAAUUUUAACGUCGGAGUGGUGGUGGACGAGGGAUCGGCGAUGGGGAAGGUUGUUCGGAGCUGUGUGACAAUGGCGGUUUCCGAUUAUAAUGAGCGCCUUAAUGGGACGAGGAUUCAUCUUCACGUUAGGAAUUCUGAAGGCGACCCUUUGCUUGCUCUUACCGCCGUUAUACAACAUUGUAUUGAAGAAGUUUAAUGCCUCCACAAUGCAGCCCAAGAUCUUGUGGAGAACAACAAAGUACAAGCAAUCUUUAUAAUGCCAGAAACAUCAAGUGAGGCAACCCUCCUGGCAAUCCUGGGUGAUAAAGCUAAAGUUCCUGUCUUUUCCUUUUCUCCACUACAAUCCUCGACGCAACAUCCUUAUUUGAUCCAAGUUUCAGAAGAUGAGAGCACAGGCCUCAAAGGGGUCACUGCAUUUUUAGCAUCAGUUAAAUGGAAGAAUGUGAUAAUCAUCCAUGAUCACCCUGCUGGCGACGCCACGAAAUCCCUAUCCUAUCUGCUCAACACUCUUCAAGAACACAAUGUGCGUGUGGUUCAUGUGAGCACCCUCUCCCCCCUCACCGAGGACAAUCGAAUUAUCGAAGAAGAGCUCAACAAGCUCAAGAAAAUGCAGACAUCAAUCUUCAUUGUGCAUCUGUCAGCUCCUCUCGCGGCCCGCCUUUUCCAGAGUGCCAAGACUUUAGGACUGAUGGCAGCAGGCUAUGCUUGGGUAGUAACAGAUAAGACAAUGGAUUUGUUCCAUACAUUGGAUUCUGAAGCCAUUGAAUCAAUGCAGGGAGCAGUGGGAUUCAAAUCUUAUGUUCCAAAGUCCCCUAAGCUUCAAGAUUUUGCUUUGAGGUGGAAAAAAGAAGCUGAAAUGGAGUUAAGUGUGUUUGGAAUCUGGGCAUAUGAUGCUGUAUGGGCACUGGGAAAGGCCAUUAGAGAGUCUGCUAAUAUCAGUGAUUCACUUGUUCUGAAUAAAGUUCUGCACAGCAAAUUUGCAGGGUUAAGUGGUCAGUUUGAGCUUCUGGAUGGCAAACUUGUGUCCAAGACAUUUGAAGUAGUUAAUGUGAUAGGCCCGGGAGAAAAAAGAGUUGGGUUUUGGACCAAUGUUUCGGGCUUCCCCGAGAAGAAUAUUGAUUCCAUUAUUUGGCCGGGGCCAUCUUUAGGCACACCAAAAGACACCCAGAUUAGAAGACUAAGAAUUGGGGUACCAGUGAAGAAGGGGUUCAAUGAAUUCAUUGCAGUCAGUCGAGAUAACCAGACUGGUAAGACCACUGCCACUGGUUUUUGUGUGGAUGUGUUUGAUGCUGCCAUUAGCAGCUUAGGGUAUGAAGUGCCAUAUGAUUUCAUCCGGUUUGUGGUUUUGGAUGAUAAUGAGCCAAGCCAAGGAAAUUACAAUGAUCUGAUUUAUCAGAUACACCUUCAGAAGUUGGAUGCUGUGGUGGGAGACACGACUUUUACAUCAAACAGAUCUUCAUAUGUGGACUUCACCUUGCCUUACACUGAUCCUGGGGUGGGAACUGUGGCGCGGUUGGGCAAUACAGGAAAGUGGUUCUUCUUGAAGCCAUUUGAUAGAGAUCUAUGGAUAGUGACUGCCAUUUCCUUCAUCAUUACAGGUUUCACCAUUUGGCUUAUUGAGCAUGAAAGGAAUGAAGAGUUUCAGGGUUCUCCAGCUCAACAAAUUGGAACCAUUUUGUGGUUCACUUCCUCAACUCUUGUAUAUGCUCAGAGAGAGAGAUUGCUGAGCCAUCUUUCAAAAUUUGUGCUAUGCAUCUGGAUGCUAGUUGUGUUCAUAAUCUCAUCAAGCUACACUGCAACUUUGAGUUCACUUCUGACACUUGAGCAGAUCCAACUUGCAAAGGGGGAUUACAUAGGUUACCGUUUCUUCUCACAGGGAAUCAUCUUAAACAACACUAAUUUUGCAGACACUAGGCUCAUUCGUUAUAACUCCAGGGAAGACUACCACGAAGCUUUGUCAAAUGGAUCUAUUGGAGGUAUAAUUGAUGAGAUCCCUUACAUCAAGAGCUUCCUUGCCAAGUAUCCAUCUCAAUAUGCACUCAUCAAAACUACAUCAACCACAAAUGGCUUUAGUUUCGCAUUUCAGAAGGGUUCGCCCUUGGUUGCCGAGUUUUCAGGAGCAAUUGCCCAGCUUAGAGAAGAAGGGAAACUUAAGGAGCUGGAAGACAAAUGGUUUCGCAAGGAAGAAGAAGCAUUGUUGCCUGAGGAGAGUGAUGGGCCAAAUGUCAAGACUCUGGAUGUUGGUAGCUUUAGGUACCUGUUUCUGGUGAGUGGGAUCUCUAAAGCCAUUGCUGUAAUGGUGUUCCUUUGGUAUAUGCUUUGCAAGAAGCUGUGGAUUUAUAACUGUAUUAUCAGAAUUGCUUCAAGGGGGAACCUGGCAUUCAUGCUUAGACUCCUCUUGCCUAUAAAGCCAAACACCAUCAAUGGUGUCCAUGCAACAUCUCCUGUGUAAUUAUAUUAACCACAAUUAUCAUCUAGUAAUAGCAUUUUUUGAA